AUGGCUUCUUUGGUUAAGACCCUAAAGAACAAGGCCUCGCAGUCUCGCCUGCGUAACAAGCACUCGGUCAUCCAUGAAGAGCCCCUUCCCGACCUGCCGACUGGCGACUACUCGUCGCAGUCUGAGAACAGCAGGAAGAGCUUCUGGAGGCGGCGAGACCACACGCCCACACCGCCGAUGAGCGAGGCCAAGUCGCCCAACCUCACCAGCCUCAGCCCUCCCCAGCCACCCAAAUCCAUUCUCCGCCCUCACUACUCGCGCUCGGCGGGGUCUGCGCCCCUGCCCCAGGACAGGAGGCAUACCUUGGUGCCGUACUCGAGGGGCUUCGAGCUCAACAUCCCUGACCGCCCGGAGUCUGCUAGGACCGCGACUCCGCCGAACAAGCAAUGGCAGUCGGCGCAGACAACACCUACGCAGCAGAACCAGAACCGACGAGCUAGCGUCCGUUGGUCGCCGCCCUUGCAUGCCCCCAAGCCUGUAACUCCUAGGGAGAUUCCCAUGCUGUCUUCGCCGAUAUCGCUGGACUCGCCCGUCGACUCGCCGCCGUCUUCCUCGCCCCAGACACCUUCGACUCCUGUUCGCCAGGCCGUCCCGGGGCGGCGAUCAACUCGCCCUCCGUCCAGCGCUUCGAGCGUCAUGCUCAAGAGCGCCGCAAACUCGUCCAAGGACAGCCUCCCGCCUAGGGCUCCUUCCGCCGCAUCCAUGUCGUCCCGCCGCCGGUCAUCGCGCCCCGGAUCCUCGAUGGGUUACAGCACGCGCUCGUCCAUCGCAUCAAUAUCGACGAUAACGUCUUCGUACGAGCCCCGCGCGCCGCGACCGCCCACCCACAACAGCUACUAUGUCAUUCCCCAGGCGCCUGCCCCGCCACGCCCGCGGUCCAUUGCUAGGAAGCCUGUGCCCUCGCUCGUGGAGACAUCGAUCCCUCUGCCGCUGAAGAGCAGCCCGACGCCGUCGUUCAACGUCAUUCCUCCGACGCCAGAAACUAGGGGUGAGGCAUUCGAGAAUGCGAACAUGCCGGCACCUCGCACCAGCACUUCAUCUGGACGGCCAAACUCGGUCAUCCUUCUCGACACGAUGCCGGAGGAAGAGGAAGAAGACGGCGCCAAGACGCCCAAGCUGGAGGCGCCGAUCCAGCUCGAGAAUGUCAAGCAGCUCGACGACCUUGACAGCGAGGAGUCGUCGGACGACUGCCAGACGCCUAGCGAGAUGGAAGUCCUGCGUGGUUCUCCCCAGCGGCCGUUACCGCCUAGAGGAGCAAAGUCGCCCGCCCGCCAAUGGGAGCUGUACGGCGGAUACGACGACGGCCGCUCCAUCUCGCACUCGCUCGCGGAGCUCGCCAGGCUUGCGUGCGACCUGCCGGCGCUCGACGCCGACCUCGCCGAGAAUGCUGCCCACGCUAGCGAGGCCCACCGUCGCUUCCUCGCCGCCCGCGCACUCGUCGACGCGACUGAGUCGCCCGACAUGUCGCACACUCCCAAGGCUCGUCCGGCGCCCUCUGCCCCGCCCAAGUGUCCCCUGCCCGCUCGCCCGACCGCGGCCGCCCCAGUCGUUCCGCCCCGCUCCGACCGCCGAGUGACUGCCCACACCCGUAAGAGGGCGCAGUCUACGGACACCUGGGACUCGCAGGGCUCGCUCCCGUCGCUCGUGUCCGUUGACACCGUGUCGAGCGGCAUGGGAUCGUCCAGCUCGCAGUCGUCGAUGGAGUCCUCUCCCGACGUCGAGGAGGCGACCAAUGUGCUGCGCUCGAUGACCCUUGAGGGCGUGCCCAUGCCGAGCACACCGAAGGCGCAGGUGAAGAUGAUGGCGUCUUCGCUGCCUGAGACGCCGAACCCCGGCCUCGGACUAGGCUUAGUCCUCGACGUUGGCGGUCUGGCGCCGAGCACGCCGAAGCACAUGCGCACCACGUCCGAGCAGAACAGCGCAUCGACGCCCCCGAAGCGUCUGCCGGUCAUCCGCGACUCCCGCCGCUCCGGCUUCUACGGCACGCCUGUCGCUUCGCAGUCGAUGACGUCGAUCCGCUCCUUUAGCGCCGCGCGGGACGACAUGUCGCACCACCACCUGCGCCAGGCCAGCGUUGCGUCGAGCCUGGCCUCCAACGUCAGCGACGAGGAGGACCUGCUCUCGGCCAGCAUAGUAGCGAUCCCGCCUGGCGCCGUCAGCAUUGUCGGGCGCGAGGACCCGCGCUCGCACGAGAUCGGCGUGGCUUUCUAA